UUAAAGUAAUGUAAGUUGGCAACACUAGAAUUUUUAAUUCUCAUACAGCGUGUUUACAACAGUUUUAAGCGAUGAGACAAGAUAAAAAAGAAAGAUGCGGUACAGAUGAAGAUAAAAUCAGUAGUUGACAACAUUUGAACAUGUAUUUUAUGUAUUAGUUUUUAUUUGUAUUUGUUUGUAAUUCAAUAAAAAUCUAUACAAUGGAGGAUAUAGUUGCUUACUCCGAUAAUUUGCGGUUCGAUAUCGAAAUCGCUCUUGAGCAACAAUUAGGAGCAUUACCAUUGCCCUUCCCUGGAAUGGACAAAUCUGGGUCUUCAAUCUGUGAUUUUUAUUUACGAGGUUUAUGUAGCAAAGGUCCAGCUUGUCCGUUUCGUCAUGUUAAAGGAGACCGCACUGUUGUCUGUAAACAUUGGCUCAGGGGUUUAUGCAAAAAAGGUGAUCAGUGCGAGUUUUUACACGAAUAUGAUAUGAGUAAAAUGCCGGAGUGUUAUUUUUAUUCUCGAUUUAAUGCUUGCAGUAAUAAAGAAUGCCCUUUUUUGCACAUCGAUCCAGAGGCGAAAAUAAAAGACUGUCCUUGGUAUGAUCGAGGUUUUUGUAGGCAUGGUCCUAACUGCCGGCAUCGACAUACUCGUAGAGUCAUUUGUCCAAAUUACGUUUGCGGCUUCUGUAUAGAAGGACCAAGUUGUAAAUUUAUGCAUCCUAAAUUUGAUUUGCCGCUUCAGGAUCCUGGAUCGUUGCCCAAAAAGACAACAAUCACCUGUCAUUAUUGUCAAGAACCUGGUCAUAAAGCUAUUUCUUGCCCCAAUUUGCCCAUUGAACUUCGUCCAGGAGAAGAACAACAAACUAAUAAAGCAGUUAUGCCUAGUACACAAUCACAAUUAGUUAGUGUACAGUUGCAAGAUAGUUUAAAAACUGGAUAUAGACCAAUAGAACAAGUAACUUGUUUUAAAUGUGGUGAGAAAGGACAUUAUGCGAACAAAUGUCCUAAGGGACAUUUAGCAUUUCUUAGUGUGGCAUUACAAAGUAAUCCCAGACCACAACUUCAACAAUCAUAAUUAUUAGCUGAAAUCAUUUGUUAUUUCAAUCUUGUUCAGCAAUUCUUCAUUAUUAAAACAUGUUAUUACACCCUUAAAAAUUUAAAAACAUAAUGUAUCAUUUCAGAAACUGUGUUGUAAAAACUGGUUUGUGUGAUGUCCAAUUUUUUUCUCUCACCGUUUAUUUUUAUGGGAAACAAAUUAUUUCAAAACUAUCAAUCUUUAUAUAAUUCAUGAUUUUUCUUUAAGUAAAUACUUUAAGAUUGAUAUUUUACAUUGAUGUUAACAUUAUGCAUUACAUUUAAUGCAUUUUAUAUUGGAAAAAAAAUUACUGCUGGUAUAUUAUUUUAUAUGCUAGUGACCAGAGAAAAAAAAGUAUUGUGUAUCUUAACUACAGAAUAUUUAAAACAUAUAUUUAUUUCAAAAGCUAAAAUGUUAUGUAAAGAUUUAUUAAAGUUAAAUUUAAAGUUUAUGCUUAUUUUGUAUUGUAUCAAAAUAUUUUAUUUAUUUAUACCUACAGUAUGCUUCCAAUUGGUCGUAUCAAUCACAAGAAAAAGUAAUACAAAAAUGACCACUGACGUGAAACUCUUAAAUAAGUUAUACUUGACAUGAAUUAUUUUGCUAUUAUGUUAUGAAUAUUUGACCCGGUUGGUAAUAGUAAAGAAGGCUAAAAUUUUUUAUAUCUAUUGUAAUGACUUUCUAUUUUUCAUGAUACAUACUGUCUGAACUGUUAUUUUAUAUCAAUUCAAUGAUUUGUUUGUGCUCUUCCUAUUUUUGAAUUCUCGAAAAUUCUGGUAUUUGCUCAUUAAAAUCUUGCAUUUCACUGUAGACUGUUUUCCUGGACAUAAGUUAUUUAUUUUAAUAGAAAAUUUAAACCUAACACAACAUGGCAUUGGUUAUAUUUUCCUACCCAUGAUUAUUCACCAUUAUUCUUUGAGUUACUCGCAAUGUCAUGUAAUUAAACUUAAGGUUUGCUGUAACUUUCCUGCCUGGUUUAAACUUGUCUUUGCUUGUAAAUUUCUUUCUUAUUUAAUGUGUUGUAUAGUUAAGACUGGUAGUUGUAAAAUGGAAAAUAUUUUUUCCUAAUAUCAUAUAUUUUCCUUGAGUCAAAGACAAGCACUGAUAAUCAAAGUUGAGAGAUAAUUUCAACUAAGUAUGAAUUUUAAUUUAAAGGGUAGUCAGGAAUAUGCUUAAUGACUAUUUAUAUUUUUGAUUAAAAGCUAAAAUUUUUUAAAAAAAUCUAUUCCAGAUGACUGAAAUUGCAUUUCUCUAAGAACAAUUCUUUACACCCUUUACCUCCAUCUCAAAAAAUAAAUUAAAGUCGAAUACAUUACAAUAUUAUUUAUAUUCAUUUACAACAUUAAUAGUGUUUUAUUAAAAUAAUGCACCUACAUAUUUUAUUUGUUUAGUUUCAUGUGCAAAAAUUGCUAAACUUUUCAUAAAUUUUGUUACCGUAUAAGCUUUCUAAAAUUGAUGUAAGUGUGAUUUAACAAAAUAGUUCAAUGAUCUUCAAAAUUUUUGUUUUCAGUUAAAACUAUUUUCUUUCACUAUAUUUAUAUUUUAAUUCUUUCUGAUUGCAUAGUUUCUCUACAUUUAUUAUUUCAGUAUUUCAUUAUCUCUUAUAUGACUCUGUAUAAAAUUAUUAUGGAAUUGUUAGAUCGUAAGAACACUUUAAAUGUGUUACUUAUGUAAAAAAGAUCAUUUUCUUAUUUCCAUGAACAUUAUAUAUUUAUUAGAAUGUUUAAAAUUACACUUAUUGUGAAUACACAGAGCUGUUCUAAGGGUAGGCUCAGAGUCCCCUUUUAAACUAUAAAAUCUGGUAAAGUUUUUUUUUUUUUUUUUUUUUUUUUUUUUUUUUUUUUUUUUUNUU